AUGUCCCAAGACGUUUCAACACCAGCUCCAGCAUCCCCAGCACCAGAUAUGAUGGCAAUGAUGAUGCAGAUGAUGCAACAGCAAACCCAGCUCAUGCAGCAAAUGCAGGAAAAGAAAACUUUCAACAAACCUGCAAAGAACUCACAAGAUCUUGAAGCUGGACUCAAUGCUCUCAGGAAUGACUACAAGAGAGAGCAGAUGACGUUUAGGAAGAAGGGUGAUGAAGAUUAUGAUAAUGAUCCGAUCGAGGAAGACGAGAUCAAGUCCACAGCAUCCACAAAGACCCUCUAG